GCCCGGAGAGCUGGGGAGUCGGUGCCAUUCUGAGCUGCCCUGCGCUGGUAAUUCCUACAGAAACUUGUACCAACUUGUUUUUGACUGACAGUGAACAGCCAGAGUGUUUCUUCACUUUGAAAACCCUCCGCACCUAUCUUUCCAAGGCACCCUGCAUGGACUGAUCAUUUCCUUGCCUGGUCGCCCAGGAGCCUGCACUGGGCACUCUUUGCAGGCCAUAGCAGGACCCCAUGGUAGCCAGGUGGGUGAAGGGGAGCGAGGACGUGCCAUUUGCCCAGCAGAAGAUUCCUGACUUACAGAGUGGUGCCAGGAGCCUGAAAAUGGAUGCCAUCCACAUUGGCAUGUCCAGUGCCCCCCUGGUGAAGCACGCCAAUGGAGUCGGACUCAAGGCCCACAGACCUCGAGUCAUGUCCAAGAGUGGACACAGCAAUGUGAGAAUUGACAAAGUAGAUGGCAUCUAUCUGCUCUACCUUCAGGACUUGUGGACAACGGUCAUCGACAUGAAGUGGCGGUACAAACUCACCCUGUUUGCGGCCACAUUUGUGAUGACCUGGUUUCUGUUUGGAGUGGUCUACUAUGCCAUAGCGUUCCUUCACGGCGACUUGGAACUCGGGGACCCUAAUUCUAACCACACGCCCUGCAUUAUGAAGGUGGAUUCUCUCACGGGAGCAUUCCUCUUUUCCCUGGAAUCCCAGACAACCAUUGGCUACGGGGUCCGUUCCAUCACAGAGGAGUGUCCUCACGCCAUUUUCCUCUUGGUUGCCCAACUGGUCAUCACCACACUGAUUGAGAUCUUCAUUACGGGGACCUUCCUGGCCAAGAUCGCAAGACCCAAGAAGCGAGCUGAGACCAUCAAGUUCAGCCACUGCGCUGUCAUCAGCAAGCAGAACGGGAAGCUGUGCCUGGUCAUCCAGGUGGCCAACAUGAGGAAGAGCCUCCUGAUCCAGUGUCAGCUCUCUGGGAAACUCCUACAGACGCACGUCACCAAGGAGGGAGAGCGCAUCCUCCUCAACCAGGCCACCGUCAAAUUCCACGUGGACUCCUCUUCUGAGAGCCCCUUUCUCAUUCUGCCCAUGACCUUCUACCACGUGUUGGAUGAGACAAGCCCCCUGCGGGACCUCACCCCGCAGAACCUAAAGGAGAAGGAGUUUGAACUGGUGGUCCUUCUCAAUGCCACCGUGGAGUCCACCAGCGCCGUCUGCCAGAGUCGAACAUCUUACAUCCCGGAGGAGAUCUACUGGGGCUUUGAGUUUGUGCCUGUGGUUUCUCUCUCCAAAAAUGGAAAGUACGUGGCUGACUUCAGCCAGUUUGAGCAGAUCCGGAAGAGCCCGGAUUGUACCUUCUACUGUGCGGAUUCCGAGAAACAGAAGCUGGAAGAGCAGUACAGACAGGAGGACCAGAGGGAGCGCGAGCUGAGGAGCCUCCUGCUACAGCAGAGCAAUGUCUGACCCCGGCUGGCCUCUGGGCCCCCCCCCCCCAGAGCUGCCUCCUCACCAGAGCUCCUCUCAAAAACCAACAGCUGCUGUGAACAUGGGCCAGGACUUGAUAUCAAACCACAAAGAUAUUCAUGGCCCAGCUUUCUCUUUGUUCUGGUGGCUGAACAAACCUCUCUGCAUAUAAAAAGAUUUCUUCAGAGUGCCUGGUCAGGACUAAACACUCAAAUUCAGAUUUUUGCCCCCCUAAAAUAGAGGGAAUUCCUGUUUGGGUGACAGACAUGUAGCCAUGUUGACAGAAUGAAAUGUAUGUUUGUAGAAGAACAUCAUCUUAUAAUCUGAAGUAUUUAUUAAUCCACCUGUCAAGGGCAUCGUCAGUGGGUGAGGUCUAAGGCGGGAUUCACUAUUUGCUUGUAUCACUGCCUGAGAACCUGCUCCUUCUCGUGUCUAAGUAUGUAUGUUGUAUUUGCAGUGAUGGCUACCUGGUAAUGACCAAAAAGUGUUGGGAAAGCAGGGACUUCAAGCUUGAAAAAUACAUUCAUUUCAUUUUGACGUUUUCCAGUGGGCUUAACUGUGUGGAGUGAAAGUAACCAAACAAGGAUCUAGGAGUUCUGCAAUAUAUCUGUAUCUUGAUUCUAUCAUCCCUGUUACUCUUGGUGGAAGCAUGCACCAGCCUCUUUUUGCCUUCAAGACAAGCCAAACAGCACCAUUUCAGGACAUACUGGCAACAUACACAAUCGGGUUUCAGCCAGGCUUACAGAACCAUCAGUAUUAUAAGCUCUGUUUCGAGCAAUGUGGUCAACGUCAUUUUUCUAGAUCCAUAUGAAAAAAAUGACUGUGUGGGUUCUGUGUCCUUAUGACCGCCAGAUCCGCCCUCCUGUUGGGGUUGUUGUCAGUAUCUCUCAGACAUUUCAGUGUUUUCUUGUGUGCAUACCUUGACCACAAAGAAAUUACACAAAAUCACCGAUGUCUUAAGAAUGAAACAGCUCCUCGAGGGCUGUGAUUGUCACAGCCAUGAUAAGUAUGUGGCUUGAUCAUUAUAGUCCCCACAAAAGAAAAUUGAAGCUGUGUCACAAUACAGGAUGUCUGCAUAGAUCCUGCAGUUCCUGAGGCCGGGUGAUAACAGGAAGAAGGGGAGAGGAGGGAGAGGUGUUUGUAAGCAAGGGGACCCCUCAGGCAAGAGCCUAAACACACCUCCUACAACUCAGCCUUACAAGGGGGACAUUUUACCUCUUAAAAUACUAGAGUUUAAUGCCUGCAUUUUAGGGGAGAGAGAAUAAGUGGCCAGGAGUGGGUAAAUAUGUAAACAGUGUGUGCUCCUUUUAUUCAAAUCAGAGCAAACUGUAAAUUCUCUCAAGUGCCAUGCAACCACGAAUGUGCAGGCAACACACACACAAUGCACCUACGUACACAUGCACACACAUACACACACACACACACACACCUCAUACAAAAUGUAUACGUAUGCCCUGACUCUGCAAAUACAAUCUCAAGCCUCUGGCAUCAGAUGCCACACGUAAGAAAGUCCACCUGCAUUGCCUUCAUGUUUAUUUGAUCUUAUGAGAAGAUGAACACUUUGACUCCGAGAAGUUGGGGAGACUUAACUGGAUCCAGCUGCUGGUGUGAGCUGCUGCACACCCAGCCAUAUCUUCAUGCGGCCACAUUUGCACGUGUUCUUCCUUUGAACAACAACAACAAAAUGUGAAAGUAAAAUCUCUGAAUUGGAACUGAAUUAGUGUAGCGAGAGUCAGAGACUCAUUGAGGAAAAGUUUGCAGAAUAAUUUCUGUUAAUAAAGGGAGGAUCUAGGGCAGGAGAAAUGGACCAGUGGUGAGGGCAUGCGGUCACCGGUUCAAAUCCUCAGCACCCAUCUAAAGAGCCAUGGAAGAUUGCAUAUGCUGGUAACCCCAGUGCUGUGGGGAGCUGAAAUAGGAACACAGCUGCAGCUUCCUGGCUGCCAGAUGAGCUCCAGGCUUAGUUAAUAUGAGACCCCCAUCUCGGGGGAAUAAGGCAGAAUUGAUGGAAGAGGACAGGUACCUACUCCUCUGGACUGCAGGCAUACACACAUGCACGCACACACGCGUAUACAUAUGUGCAUGUACACACAUGCACACAAGUAAAUACACACACACAGACUGUUAUCUUCAGUCAUUCAGGAGUAUUUUUUUUCUUGAUUUCAUGGCAGACUUAGGUUGCCACUCUUCAAAAACCGUUAGCCAUUUGCCUGUUUAGACACUAGCCCCUCUAGCCACUGAUCCUGUGUAUUCGUGUUGUAUAUAGUAGUAGAAUCAAUAGGAAAAACCACGCCACAGGGUUGUUUUGUGUCUUUUCUAUUGCAUUAUGAAAUUGCUCACACAUCCACCUUGGUGCCCUCUGAAUCCAUCUGAUACCAACAAUUCAGUAACUAGACUCGCUUCUGUUGAAGGCGGUACAGUGAGGACGUGUCAGACUCAAAAUCAUCUUUGCUAGCCAAAUUUGGAAUAUCUGAUUAUCUGAUUUAUUUUCAAUACGCAGAAACAUACAUAGUGCCUUCAAAACCAAUGUAUGGGCCAGGUGUGCUGGUACAUGCCUGUAACCCCAGCACGUGGGAGGCAGAGGUACAAGGAUCAGGAGUUCAAGGCCAGCCUUGAGGACAUAUCACCUGCACUAGGUCAACUCCUCUAUUAAGAAGUACAAUAAAUCAUAUUGCAACAUAAUACUUACUAAAUAGUUCUAUGGCUGACUGGUUUUGAAACUCAACAGUCUGCAGAGUCACUUAGCUAUGAUCACUUUGAAUGACACACUCUCGUGUUCUCGUGUUGAUAUACCAACAGAGGAGUUAAGUAGUGUAACCUUCCUGGGCGUGAUCUAGGCAGGCUUCAGAUGGAAACAGACUCAUAAGCGUCAUCAAAACCAUGGAGUGUUUAACCCAAGACAAGCUUUGUGAUUUCCAGAAACACAGUGUAUCCGCCUUCUCGGUGGCUGCUCACAACAUGCUUCACCGUGGAGGGCACGGGGCCAGCAGCAGCAGAUCCAUGGGCACCCAAGCCAUUUCUUCUGCCUUGCUGCCCGGGACCCCAGACACCAAAGAGAGCUGCAACCUCUGACUUGCAUGAUGAGCCACCUUGGGCUGGGGGUGAGAGCUAAACACUGUUGCUCUUUUUUCUUUUUAUUCAUGGGGAAAAUUAACAGUGCAGUUUUUGAAUAUCUACAAUUAAUGCAUAAUGGUAAGAAAAGAUAAUAAUAUUCAUUAGU